AUGGAAUCAGUUCAGGAUCCUCAGGACCCAUUUGCAGUGCUGUCAGAGGAGGACAAAAGUUUCCUUGUUUGUGUAGUUGCUUUGGUCCUUCUGGCUCUUGGGAUAACCCUUCGAGCUACUAGACAUCAUUGGUCGCACCCAUCACUGACAUUUUGCAAAUGCUAUGAGAGGCUGAGGCAUUUGCGAAACAAAGAAGGAGAGGAUUUGAGAUGGAACACAUAUUUGCUCCAAGAGGUUUGUGAGCAAAAGGUCGUUUUAGCACGGAUCUAUGGGCGCUAUGCAGCUUGCGUCUUGAUCUUCUCAUCACUCAUCCGUGUCCAAAGGAUGUUGUCGAGAGACCCUCCGUGGUUGAGCUCAGAGGGAGCUUGGUUUGGGCUGGUUGUGGCAUUCUUAGCCACUUUGAUGUCCCAAGUUCCACAAGCCACACAAAGGUACUCCUUGGAUGUGAUUUGUUUCCUGUGGUAUUUGGUGGCAGCAUUUCAUUUGUCCUCGUGGGUCGUCGCAGUGGAACAGCUCUUGCUGAUGGAGCUCUUAAUGUUUAUGAUUGUGCACAUUCCUGUUUGCACCUUCGCGAAGCAUUACAGUGUGAUCCUUUUGUGUCAGGGAGGAAUCAUGGCAUUUGUAGUAGCCCGCGCUAUGAUGGAGGACCUCCAAAGAAUUCAGAUAACAAACAAAAGUUCAAUGGUGGUCUUCAACAUCUUGUUGCUGGGCUAUGCGUUGCUGGUUCAUUCCCUCUCGAACUCCUUCCUGCAGCAGACUGUGGAACUCCGUGUCCGCGGGGCAGACAGCAAAAUCCAAGGGAAUGCUACCUCCUCUCUGUUAGAGCUCACCUGCGAUGCUGUGGUGCAUCUGGAUUCCGAGCUUCGAAUCACUUCCGACGCCCGCGAUGCGUUGGCUGCGAUGCUCUUUCGCAAUCCGGAGGCACUCAGAGGCACCAAAUUCACCGAGUUGAUUGCCACUGCUGAAGCUCGCUCUCGGGCGGCAGAGAUUUUGAAUGAAGAAGCUGAGGCUCGAGCACACGCCUUCCAUACGCAGCUGGUGGAUGGCUGUUUCACUCGGUUCAGGACAGAGGUGUUUCAAGUGAAGUACUCCAAGAUGAACGGAGAGAAAUGUCACCUCUUGGGACUGCGUGACUUCACCGAUGUGAAACCCUUGUCUCAGCAUGCCACCGAUGCGGCUUCGCCCGUGGAACGAGAAGUCGUAGACGGAAGUUCACAAGCUCUCAGAAUCAAGCUGGAUGAUUGCCACCUAGCUGCCAUCCUGCCAACCUUGAGACUGCAACGCAUUCAGAGCACCCGCAGGAACGCCCAAAAACCAUUGUGUUUUUUCUUCCUGGUUUUGGCAAAAUCCAAGUAA